GACGCACAGUUCGUGCGCUGCGUGAGGCGAAUGUAAUAAGAAGCUUUCACGGGAAUCAGUGCGCAGGAAAGCAUCGUUUUUUCCGGCGUUAAGAGCUCAUAUCUGUGAUCUUCCAUCAUGCAUAUGGACUUCGAGAAGCUGCGGAUGAGCGGCGCGGGAAAAGCUAUCGCGGUGCUGACGAGCGGCGGCGAUGCACAGGGUAUGAACGCGGCCGUUCGUGCUGUAACACGCAUGGGCAUUUACGUAGGCGCUAAAGUCUACCUGAUUUUUGAGGGUUAUCAAGGCCUGGUAGAUGGAGGAGAUAACAUCAAACUCGCCAACUGGCAGAGCGUCACCAACAUCAUUCAGCUGGGCGGCACCAUCAUCGGCAGCGCCCGCUGUAAAGCCUUCACCACGCGCGAGGGCCGUCUGUCCGCGGCGUUUCACCUGCUCCAGCGCGGCAUCACUAACCUGUGUGUGUGCGGCGGAGACGGCAGCCUCACCGGAGCCAACAUCUUCCGCAGCGAGUGGAGCGACCUGCUGGCUGAACUCGUGCAGCAAGGCCGGAUCACGGACACUCUGGCGCAGCAGCACACGCAUCUGAACAUCGUGGGUCUGGUGGGAUCCAUCGAUAAUGAUUUCUGUGGAACCGACAUGACGAUCGGAGCUGAUUCUGCUCUGCAUCGGAUCAUGGAAGUUAUUGAUGCAAUCACCACCACGGCACAAAGUCAUCAGAGGACGUUUGUGCUGGAGGUGAUGGGACGCCACUGCGGGUAUCUGGCGGUGGUUUCCGCUCUGGCGUCUGGUGCCGACUGGCUCUUCAUCCCGGAGGCUCCGCCGGAGGACGGAUGGGAGGAUCACAUGUGCGCUCGACUUGGAGAGGUGAGACGGCAGGAGAGGUCUAAUCUGGUGGUUCAGCGGUUGGGUUACGACACGCGGGUCACUGUCCUGGGUCACGUUCAGAGAGGAGGAACGCCAUCCGCCUUCGAUCGAGUCCUGAGCAGUAAGAUGGGUGUGGAGGCCGUGGUGGCUCUGCUGGAGGCGACUCCGGAGACGUCUGCGUGUGUGAUCGGUCUGUCUGGGAAUCAGGCCAUGCGUCUGCCGCUCAUGGAGUGCGUGAACAUGACGAAAGAGGUUCAGAAAGCCAUGAACGAGAAGAGGUUUGAAGAAGCCAUUCAGCUGCGUGGAAAGAGUUUUGAGAACAACUGGAACACGUACAAGCUUUUAGCUCAUCAGAAACCAGCUCUGUCUAAGAGUAAUCACUCUAUGGCGAUCCUGAACGUCGGCGCUCCAGCCGCGGGGAUGAACUCCGCUGUGAGAUCCGCGGUUCGAGUGGGACUCGCUCACGGUCACCGGGUUUACACCGUCCACGACGGCUUCGAGGGUCUGGCCAAAGACGCGGUGACUGAGGUUCACUGGCAUGAUGUGGCUGGAUGGACAGGGCAGGGCGGUUCACUGCUGGGCACCAAACGAACUCUUCCCAACUCCUGCAUGGAGAACAUUGUGGCCAAUAUCAGCAAAUACAACAUCCAGUCGCUGCUGGUGAUUGGUGGAUUUGAGGCGUAUGAAGGAGUUCUGCAGCUGGUUGUGGCUCGAGGCCGCUAUGAUGAACUGUGUAUCGCUAUGUGUGUGAUUCCCGCCACCAUCAGCAACAACGUGCCGGGCACAGACUUCAGUUUGGGAGCAGACACAGCCGUGAACGCCGCCAUGGAGAGCUGUGAUAAAAUCAAGCAGUCAGCAUCUGGAACCAAACGCCGCGUCUUCAUCGUGGAAACCAUGGGCGGAUACUGCGGUUACCUAGCAACCACCACCGGCAUCGCCGUGGGAGCAGACGCCGUCUACAUCUUUGAGGAGCCGUUCAACAUCCACGAGCUGGAGACAAACGUGGAGCAUCUGACGGAGAAAAUGAAGAAUGAUAUUCAGAGAGGACUAGUGUUGAGGAAUGAGAAGUGUCACAAGCACUACACCACUGAUUUCAUCCACAAUCUCUACUCCGCCGAGGGCAAAGGCGUCUUCGACUGCAGGGUCAAUGUUCUGGGUCACCUGCAGCAGGGCGGCGUUCCCACUCCGUUCGACAGGAAUUUUGGCACUAAACUGGGAGUGAAGUCAGUUCUGUGGCUCACAGAGAAGAUGAACAACACAUACAGACAGGGCCGUGUGUUUGCGAACGCUCCAGAUACGGCUUGCGUGAUCGGCAUGAAGAAGAAAGUGAUGUCGUUCAGUCCCGUCACCGAACUCAAAGCGCACACCGACUUUGAACACCGGAUGCCACAGGAGCAGUGGUGGCUCAAUCUGCGGCCCAUGCUCAAGAUGUUGGCCAAAUAUCAGACCAGUUUUGACGAGUAUGUGACCGGAGAGAUCGAACACGUGACGCGCCGCACACUGAGCAUGGAGACCGGAUUCUGAACGGCUGCUCACUCCCUUCAUCCUCAUCAUCAUCCUCAUCCUCAUGCCACAUUAACCCUGCAUACCUCUGAGCCAAUAAAUCCCGUCAUACUCAUAACUGCGUUUAUAUGCUGCAUAGAACACGUUAUUAACAGAACAUCAGUGUUUAUGAACUACAUUCAUCUUGAAAUGUUAAAGAACAGAUGUUGUGCUCGUGCUUCAGCCCGUCUGCUGUGCCUUUGUCUUGUGUUUAUUAGUUUUUAACAACUGGCCUGUUAUAAUAUUUCCUUCUUUAUAUUUCGACGGUUGUGCACGUUUGACGCGGCUGGAUGGAGUUUGUGUAAAAGAUGAAAUGGUGAAAUGUGUUUCUGAAUGAUCUUGGAGUUGAUUUUCUGGUUUUUGGACACAAUCUUUUCAUCUUUCUGUUGUUCAGACUGUUUUUUUGGCUAUUUGUGUAUUAUAAUAUUUUCUGUCAUUAUUUAGCUGUUGUUUCCUUAUUCCAGAAUCAUUGAUUUGUUUGAGUGUCUGCCGUUGAAUUAUUACUGAAUUGUGACUGAAUUAUUGUGCUCUUCUCAGUAUUCUCCUCUGACCUGUAGAAAUGCUGCCAAUUUUUACCCUCAUAUCAUGUUUACAGAUGAAUAUGUUAGAUUUGCAUGUCUCAACUUUUUAAGAUGUGCUUUAGUGAUUAAACCUGACCAAAUAAAUAUAGAUAUUUUCUGCUG